UUGUGGUAUACAGACUGCCAUGUAGUGUUGUGUACUUCACAUUUAGUGUAUCAUCCGGGUAUUGUAUGUACGCAGACAGUUUUAAUAACGUGGGCAUGAUAUACUACAUAGUGUAGAAUGAGAUGAGGGUGUAGGGUGGUUGUGUACCGCAUGCGACACACUCCGUAAACGUGGUGUCUGCGCGACGAGGUUUGUUUUUAACGGGCGCAGAGCGGACAUGGACAGAAACGCGGUGGUUAAAGUGGGCGCGAUGGCGAGCGCCACUGUGUGCGCGCUGUUCGGCGGAGUCGUGUUCGCUCAGUACAUUUUCACCAAAAAACAGAGAGCAGGAAAGAAAACCAAGAUAAUCGAGAUGAUGCCAGAGUUUGAGAAGAGCACAGUUCACAUCAGAGACCCUGAGAGGGUGGAGCAGAUUAUCUGCAGUCUCAUUAAAGGUGGAGCAUCGAAACUGCAGAUCAUCACAGAUUUCGAUAUGACGUUAAGCAAGUUUGCUGUCAAUGGAAAACGCUGCCCAACAUGUCAUAAUAUCAUUGACAACUGCAAGCUGGUGACAGAAGAAUGUAGGAAGAAGCUGCUCCAACUAAAGGAGACAUAUUAUCCAAUAGAGAUAGACCCUCAUCUGACCAUGGAGGAGAAAUAUCCAUUUAUAGUGGAGUGGUAUUUUAAGUCUCACACGUUAUUGGUAGAACAGAGAUUGCAGAAGGACAAACUUCCAGAGGUCGUGAGAGAGUCGGAUGUCUGUCUAAGGGAAGGGUACGAGCAGUUCUUUGACCGGCUGCUCCAGCACAGCGUUCCUAUGUUCAUUUUUUCCGCCGGUCUGGGAGAUGUGCUCGAGGAAAUUAUCAGACAAGCUGGCGUCUACCAUGCCAACGUCAAAGUUGUGUCCAACUUCAUGGACUUUGAUGAUAAUGGGGUUCUGAAAGGCUUUAAAGGAGAGCUGAUCCAUGUUUACAACAAGCAUGAUGGUGCCCUGAGGAACACCGAGUAUUUCAAACAACUGAAGGACAAUGGAAACAUUAUUCUGCUCGGAGACUCUCUCGGGGAUCUCAACAUGGCAGAUGGUGUGCCCAACGUAGAGAACAUCCUCAAAAUCGGCUUUCUUAAUGAUAAGGUAGAGGAGCUGUUAGAAAAGUACAUGGACUCUUACGAUAUAGUUCUGGUGAAGGAUGAAACACUUGAAGUGCCUAAUUCCAUACUACAGAAGAUCUUAUAAUAGAAACAGCAGAGCCUGAUAGGAAAAGACUCAAAUUCCAGGAUAUUCAGAGUCACCUGGAUUAUUCCAGCACUUUAUCUGUCGACAUGUCUCACAUGCUCACAAGCCAUACAUACUCCACCCUUUGACCUUUUUAAUGUUGUGUCCUCUCAUCAUAAUGAACUAUUUUAAAUAAACACAUACAUCUGGAAUCGCGGUGUAAACUAAUAUCAAAGGAAAAAUAUGUCAUUUGCAUAUUGGUCAAAUUAUUGUUUGUAGUAUUUUUGAUAUGGAAAAUCAGUGUUUGCAAUAAAAGUUGGGGCAGUGAACAGUACAAAGCCCAACUGACAAUCACAUUCAUCAUCAUUCUUAAAAUGAUGUGCACUUAUAAAGUUUGAAGAUCUGUUAAAGUUCUCAUGGAACUUUGCAUGCACAGAUCAAAAUGAAAGCAAUACUGUUAAUUGCUCCAAAAGCCGUGAUGUUCCAUGUGUGUGCUUUGUCCUGUGAGGAUGUUUAAGCAUAAUUGAUCAACAUUUCGGUGUUAACAUUUGCACAACCUUCUGAUCACCUGUGAGGUAGACAAUAAAGUUUUUUUUUCCUCUA